AUGCCUCCAAAGAAUACAUCAAAGCCUGCAGCAGCAUCGUCAAAGGCUGAAGAGGCAGUGCGCAAACGACCAAUAUGGGACUCCUGGGCAGUGUUACCUGCCAAGACCCGACUGAGAAUCUCUCUCGGCGUUUGUGCCGUUGCAUUUGCGGGCAUGGUCAUAUCCGAUCAGUUGGAGGUCAUAUUUCCUCCUGAGCUCCCGCCACCCACGCCCGCCCCCGCCUCGGGAGAUGCGUCCCGCUAA